AUAAUGUAAAGAAAUUUUAGGGAUUAGAUAAGGAAGAAUGGGUAAUGUUGGAGUAUGAGACAGAAGAGGUGUCCGCAAGCUGGAACCACCACGUGUUAUCAACAACACGUGUGAGUCUCCAUGAACUCUCUCUGCAAUAUUUAAACGUGGCCUAGCUCGUGUUCUUUCAAUCUCCAAUUAUUACUCUAUUAAUAAGAGAAGACGAGUUUUGCUUUCGAUACUGUCUUUCAACUAUUCCGACACAACCAAAGCUUCUGGAAACGUUGUCGUUUGUUAUCAAUAAUGGCUGUUGUAGAAGAACCGAUACUUUCAAGAUUGGAUCGUAUUGAUUUCAUGGUGAGGAAGUUAGAGGAGAUGAAAGGAAGCUCGCCUAGAAGCUCGAGCCCAUCGACUCCAUCUAGUGGGACUCAGCCAUCGUCAAUGGAUCUGUCGUCACCGAGGAGCAUAGGGAAGGUACACUGCCGUUCGAUGGAACAAGUCAGGGAGGAGACUGAGCGGAAAGGAACUUUGCUAGAGAGACUUAAUAAUGUAGAGGAGCAAGUGCUUAAGCUGUGUUCACAGUUUGAGGAAGAAGUUGAAGAAGAGAGGAAGAGAGAAGAUAAGACGGAUAAGGAAAAGAAGACCCCGAAGAAGAAGAAGGGAUUGAGGAAGCUGGUUGAUAAAGUUGUUGGAUCUUCUUCUCCCACUAAUAUCCAUUCCAAGAGCUGGCGUUGUUGAGUCAUUGUAGUACUUUAUUACAUCAUCAUGUAUACUUCAACGUACCACGUUUAAAUGAAAGCUUCUCUUCUUUUUUCUUUGUUGAAGCGCUAGUGGAAAAAAAUAUCUUUAGGUCUCUCACUCUCUUGUUUGAUCGUUUGUUUGUUGAGGUUUUUUGUUGUCCAGUAUGCACUUUUUAAGUGAAAACAACAAUGAAUUUUCAGUGUACUUUCUAUUUUUCAGAGU